GAAUCGUCGCCUCCUCAACAAAAUGUUGAUACAUCUACUCCUUCGAGCCCCCGUGCCCCUUCACCAAAAAGGGCACGGGUUGAAAAGAUUGUUGAUCCUGCCCCUCAGUUGGGCAGUUCGUCGCCCCCGCUCCUAGAUGAUCCUAUGAUCAAGGAUCUUCUCCGCAUCGGUUCCCAAUUUAUUGGGUACCGUGAAUAUGCUAAUAGAGCCGAAGAGAAACUUGCAGAGGCUAACGAACGCGCCGACGCACUGGCUCAAAAACUUGAGCAAAGUGAGGCGGCUCGCAAGAAAGCCGAACUCGCUGCUAGCAAAGCCAAGGUCGAAGCUGAUGAAGCUAAGGCGAAAGCUGCUGGUGUCGAGGAACUGCAGAAGAAACUUGAGGAUGCGACAGCUGCCUUGGAUGAGCACAAAGCUGCACAAGCUUCUCGUGACGAAGGAAUCCUCAAGCGUUUGAAGUCGCAAAGAUGGACAAUAAUACCCCCCACACUCGGAUAA